UGGAGGAUCCGAGGUAAAUAACGCCGCCGUAAAUUUGGAGGCUGCAUUGGCUAUGAAAAUGAAUGAACAAGGGGUUGCAGCAUUGAAGAACAGGGACAGCGCCGAGGAAUAGCCGACGACGAAACUCCUCCAAGAGAUUUUGGAUUCGAUCGAUCGGGGAUCAAGGGCGAGAGUGGGGAUUUCUUCUCCUCAACCCUCUCAAUUGGGAGCUUAAUUUGCAGUGUAGUGUGAGUUUGUGAGAGCGUGGAGAGUGUGAGAGAGUGUGUGGGGAGGGAAUAUAGUCAAUCAUAGAUGGCGGCAGAGGACGUAACAGAGGUCACUAAAUCGCCAGAGCCUGUCGCUCCUGCCGAGGAGCCUGUGAAGGAAUCGUCUCCUCCGGAAGCUCCGGCUCCAGCUCCUCCAGCGCCAGCAGGGGAGGCGGUGGCCAAGGAGGGAGAGGAAGCUCCAGCCAAGGAAGGAGGAGAGGAGGCUCCAGCCAAGGAGGAGGGCGGCGAUGUAGCGGCGGCCAAGCCGGCAGCGCCACCCAAGCCGCCCAAGCCCACCAAGGAGGAGCUGGAGAAGAAAGCUCUCGAGGAAUUCAAGCUCAAGGUGGCCGAGGCGAUCAAGGCCAACGCUUUCGUGCCGCCUCCUCCGCCACCACCGCCCAAGGAAGAGCCCGCCAAGGAGGAGGAGCCCAAGGAAGGAGUUGCCAAGGAGGAGGAGCCCAAGGACGCCGCCGCCGCCGCCACCACGGAGGUGGCGGAGACGAAGAAGCUGGAUGAGGAAGCCGCGGAAGAGAAAGCUCCCGAGGAGCCUGCGCCAGCGCCAGCGGCGGUGGAAUCGAGCGAGAAAGCGGUAGAGCCGGCGGUAGAGCCAGUGGCGGCACCACCAGCGGCGGAGGAGAAGAUCGAGGAGGAGCCCAAGGCGGCGGAGGAGCCGGAGACGCCGCCCGAGGACGUGUUCCUGUGGGGGAUCCCGCUGCUCCACACCGAGGGCGACGAGCGCACGGACGUGAUCCUGGGCAAGUUCCUCAAGGCGCGCGACUUCAAGGUCUCGCAGGCGCUGGCGAUGCUCAAGAACUGCGUGCUGUGGCGCAAGAGCUUCAAGGCGGACGAGAUCCUGGACGAGGAGCUGGGCGCCGACUUCGAUGGCAUGGCAUUCAUGUUUGGCGAGGACAAGGAGGGGCACCCGGUGUGCUACAACGUGUUUGGCGUCCUCCAGGACAAGGAUCUCUACUCCAAGGUGUUUGGCGACGACGCCGCCAGGUUCCUGCGCUGGAGGGUCCAGCUCCAGGAGAAGGGCGUCAAGAUGCUCAAGCUGGAGCCGAGCACGCCCAAUGCGCUGCUCCAGGUGAUCGAUCUCAAGAACGCGCCAUGGCCGGCUAAGAAGGUGCGCAGUGUUCUUCUCAAGGCGAUCAGCCUCCUCCAGGACAAUUACCCCGAGCUGGUCAUCAAGAAUGUGUUCAUCAAUGUUCCAUGGUACUACAGCGCCGUCUUCUCGCUGCUCAGCCCCUUCCUCACGCAGCACCAGAAGAACAAAUUCGUGGUCACGCGGCUGGGCAAAUCGACCGAGGCAUUGUUCAAGCUGAUCUCGCCGGAGAAGGUCCCCAUCCAGUACGGUGGAUUGGGCAGGGCCGGGGACGACGAGUUCUCGGGCGCCGACGCACCUGUCACGGAGCUACCAAUCAAAGCCGGGGAGAAGAAGACGGUCGAGCUGGCAGUAACCACGGGCGGAUCAAGCAUCACUUGGGACUUGGUGGUGGUGGGGAGCGAGGUGAGCUAUGGCGCCGAGUUCCAACCGGAUCAGGAGGGCGGCUACACGACGAUCAUCGAGAAGACGAAGAAGAUCUCGGCGCAAUUAGAGGAGCCCAUCCGGAACUCGUUCAAGGCGUCGGAGCCCGGCAAGGUGGUCCUCUCCAUCGACAACUCCUUGUCCAAGAAGAAGAAAUCGGUGGUCUACAGGCACAUUGUCAAGGCUGCGUGAGUGGCAACAGCAAUCGGAACAGCGAUAACACUCGAGGGCGGGCGGACGAUUUUAGUUUACCAGCGUACAGAUCGGAUCUUGCGGGAGUUUUUGGGGCUUUCUUCUCUCCUUUCUCACUCUCUCACUCUUCUUUCUCUUCUCAUCAUCUCUUCUCGAUCCUCCUUCCUUCCUUCUUCAAAAGCGUUUGAGACUGGUACUCUUAUGUACAGCAGGGAUCAAGCUGGUUGUGUGAAUGUCUUACUUAGAGAAUUCUUUGGUUGAAUGAUAAUGGACAGAUUAUAACUUUUCUUC